AUGUCAGAUUUCAUGGAGGCUUUGGAAAAUUGUGGUUUAACGAAUAUGGGAUUCACUGGUCCUUGGUUCACAUGGGAAAGGGGACGCAGAGUGGAGACGAAUAUCCGUGAAUACCUGGAACGUGGUGUAAUUAACUCUUCUUGGGAUCACUGUCCUUUGUUUCUUGAGACAAACUCGUCUGAUAGACUUAACAGACGCUGGCACUUCAAAUUUGAAGCCUCAUGGCUGCUGGAGGAGUCAUGUGAACAGGAGGUCACACGCUUGUGGAAGGAAGCUGAUGGACCGGUCCCAAAAAAGCUCAAUCAUGUUUGUCAGGGGCUUGAUGUUUGGUUUAAGGACAUUUACAGAUAG